CCUCUUCCCCAGACAUGGAAGGCUGCUGGGGGGAAACUUGGACUCAGCCCCUGAGCAGCCGGUCCUCCCCGACCCACGACUCAUCUCUCGCCCCCUUCACUGGUCCACCCUCACACCCUCCGUCCGCACGCUGCCGUAAGCCCAACCGAACAACAACUUGCAGGGAACAGACAGGCACGUCUGCCAGCAUGCAGUGCCCAUCGGACGCCGAAAGCAGCAGCAGCAGCAGUAGUAGUAGAGGAAGCCCAAAUACCACGACCUCGAGACGCAGAGACAUGGAUCUUGAUGGGGAGGAGAAGAUCUGUGCCGUGUGCAGAGACCGGGCCACAGGUUACCACUUCCACGUCAUGACCUGCGAAGGAUGCAAAGGCUUCUUCCGGCGGACUGUCAUAAAGGGUGUCCAGUUCACCUGCCCCUUCACCCGCAGCUGUGCCAUCACGAAAGCCAAGCGGCGCCAGUGCCAAGCCUGCCGCUACCAGAAGUGCCUGGACGUGGGCAUGCGGAAAGACAUGAUCAUGUCAGAGGAGGCUUUGCGCCUACGCCGGGCCACGAGGCAGCAGAAACAGCAUGGAGAGCAGAGCCCCACGGUGGUGCAGGAGCCGUCCGAGGACACCCGUUUAACCGCAGAGCAGGAACAACUGAUUGAGAUCCUGACGGAGGCCCACAACAAGCACUUUGACUCCACCUUUGCCCAGUUCAUCCACUACCAACCUCCAGUGCGCCUGUACAUCCACAGUCCAAGGGCUCGAAGCCCUCAGGAUCCCGCCAUGCCUCCCCACUGCCCACAAGACCACGUGGAGAGCUACCCAGAAGAGGUCCUCCCGGACGUGUUCUCCAUGCUGCCGCUCUUUGCCGAUAUGAGCACCUUCAUGAUCCAGCAAGUGAUCCAGUUUGCCAAGGCAAUACCCUCUUUCAGAAGCCUGCCAAUUGAGGAUCAGAUCUCACUCCUCAAAGGGGCUACUAUUGAGAUCUGCCAGAUCCAGUUCAACACAGUCUUCAAUGAAGAAACCAACGCGUGGGAGUGCGGACAACACUGCUACACCGUCCAAGAUGGCGCCCUGGCUGGAUUCCAGCAGAUCUACUUAGAGCCGCUGCUGAAAUUUCAUAUCAGCCUGAAGAAGCUGAGGCUGCAUGAGGCCGAAUACGUCCUGUUACAAGCCCUAGUGCUGUUCUAUCCAGACAACUUGGAAGUCAUGCAGCGGGACGAGAUUGACCAGACUCAAGAGAAAAUUGCCCUCACGCUGAAAAACUACAUUGACCAGCGGCACCCUUUACCUGAAGGCAGGUUCCUCUACGCCAAACUUCUCUUGCUGUUGACGGAGCUGCGGUCGCUGAAGGUGGAGAACACCCGACAGAUCCUCCAUAUCGACCAGGAUUUUUCCGCCAUGACGCCGCUGUUGUCGGAGAUUAUCAGCUGAAACGAGGAAGGCGGAUACUGGCUUCUCGCGCCUAAGAUUACCCAGUGCUUUGAAAGCCACCAAGACUGAAAAGAAAA